UUUAAUUAAAUUAGAGUCGGUGAGCUGGGAUAGGCUGGGAGUUCACUCGGUCCAGACUGCAGGAAAUCCGACGUGGACUAUAAACCCGCAGAAACGGAUAGACAAACAAGCGAAUGACUAUAAAUCCAUGCGGAAAACUUUAUCCGAUUUUCUGCUGUGGCUCUGAGGUUUUCGUGUAUCUGUUUUUAGUCUGAGAGAGUGUUACAACAUGCCACGGCGGACUGUACUAGAAGUAACUGUUCAAGACGUGCAAAAGAGGAGAAACCCCAACAAACACUAUGUUUACAUUAUCAAGGUGGCUUGGUCUGAUGGCAGCACUGAGAAUAUUUUCAGGCGCUACAGUAAAUUCUUCGACCUUCAGAUGGAGCUUCUGGAUAAAUUCCCUGUGGAAGGUGGACAGAAGGAUCCUAAACGCAGAAUCAUUCCCUUUUUACCAGGAAAGAUUCUCUUCAGGAGAAGCCACAUCAGAGACGUGGCAAUGAAACGUCUGAAACCCAUAAACGAGUACUGUAGGGCUCUGAUCCAGCUGCCGGUGUAUAUUUCCCAAUGCGAGGAGGUUCGUGUGUUCUUCGAGACGCGUCCUGAAGACCUGGACCCACCUAAAGAGGAACCCAGUGGAAAAAAGAAAUCUGGCAUUGUGGAGCGAGCGUCUUCUUUCCUAAAGAGAGGAGGAGACUCGUCCUCAGCCGACCCGCUGAUGCUGGACCAAUACGUGGCCGUCACGGACUACGAGAAACAGGAGAGCUCUGAGGUCAGCCUGUACGUGGGGCAGGUGGUGGAGGUCAUCGAGAAAAAUGAGUCCGGCUGGUGGUUUGUUAGCUCCGAUGAUGCCCAGGGUUGGGUACCAGCCACAUGUCUGGAAGCUCAGGAUGACCCUGAUGAUUUCUCAUUUCCAGCAGAAGAAGGAGUGUGCCGGAGAUUCUGGUCACUGCCGAGGCACGUUGGUCGCCGGCGUACUUUAGGGGAUCUGUUCAGCACAGGCUUUGGCCAAGAGGAAAAGUACACCGCAAUCUAUCCUUACUCUGCACGUGAUCAAGAUGAAAUUGAUUUGGAGAGAGGCAUGACUGUUGAGGUCAUUCAGAAAAACUUGGAAGGCUGGUGGAAGAUCAGAUACCAAGGAAAAGAGGGCUGGGCCCCGGCGUCCUAUCUGAAGAAGGCUGACAUUCUCAGUCAGAAGAUGGCGGCUGGUGGCCCCGUUCAUGCCAGCACUAAUGACCUAGAUGUGGCUUGCAAACAGCAGAAUGCCAACAAGGAAAACAAGGAGAAUCAGCGGGACCGCUUUUCACCAUUUUCAGACAGCAAGUGCAAAGCAGGAGCUCGACAGAGACCUCCACCACGCCGGGAUCUUACAAUACCUCGAGGAGUGAACCUGCCUAAACCCCCAGUGCCGCCCCAAGUAGAGGAGGAAUAUUACACCAUCGCUGACUUUCAGACAACCAUUCCAGAUGGCAUUAGCUUUCAGGCGGGAGUGAAAGUUGAAGUCAUUGAGAAGAACUCCAGUGGCUGGUGGUACAUUCAGAUCGAUGAAAAAGAAGGCUGGGCUCCAGUCACAUUCAUUGAUAAAUACAAGAAGACUUGCAAUGCCUCUAGGCCUAACUUUUUGGCUCCCCUUCCUGGUGAGAUGGGUCAGCUGAAGUUUGAUGAUACCUCAAACAAUAAUACCAACUCUGAACAUAGUUGGUCCAAACCCUUGCCGGACGAACCUUCAUCCAAUUCUGAAUUUUCCACCCGUUCCAAACUAAGAGAAUGGAAGCCCAACGCGGUCAAGGGCAGCUCCCAUUUUUCUGCACCCUUACCCCCACCUCCAUCCUCACCUACGGCUGAAGAGAAACCGGCUUUACCUCCAAGGAGAGAGUCCAUUAACAAGAGCCUGGAAUUGGAGGACAAACCCAAAGCAGACCUUUCCAAACCCCUCCCACCCAAAGUAGACCUUUCUAAACCUCUCCCACCCAAAGUAGACCUUUCUAAACCUCUUCCACCCAAAGUAGACCUUUCUAAACCUCUUCCACCCAAAGUAGACCUUUCUAAACCUCUUCCACCCAAAGUAGACCUUUCUAAACCUCUUCCACCCAAAGUAGACCUUUCUAAACCGCCUCCACCCAAAGUAGACCUUUCUAAACCUCUUCCACCCAAACCACAAAUCCCAGGGGUCAUCGUCCCAUUGGUGACGCCAAAAGCAGCUCCUCUCAAACCAGACAAACCCCCAGAGAUGAAGAAGGAAGAGAAGAACAAGCAACUCUAUCUGCGCAAUGAAAUGGGCUUGGAGUGUGGCCACAAUAUCUCAGCCAAGGAGGUGAAAAAGUUUAACUUAAAGCAUGUGGCCAAGCAGCCUCCCAAACCCAAACAAGAUUCACUCGAAGAGAAGCCUGAUUCGGCCAACCCAGCCCCCUUCCUGAAGCCGAAACCAGUGGUCAGACCAAAGCCACCCCCUGCAGUGAAACCAGAGCCGGUAGCUAAGAGUGAGCUGGACAUCACAAACCUCCGGAGUAAACUUCGUCCGUCUAAGCUUCCAGAACUCAUUGGCAACUCAAGUGAUCCCAACCAACAGAACGAUACGCCAUCCAGCAACCCCCCGAAUAAUGGCGGAACCAAUGAAGAGCCAAAAUUCCCCCCUAAGCAACAAAACGGCCAUAACCCAUCGGAAACAACUAAACCACCAACACCGGCACCAAAAGAGCCUCCCCAGAGGCCAUCUUUGGCCCCAAGAAGGCCUCCACCACCAAAGAAGAGUUCAGAGCCAGCCAGUCCUACAGACACCAAAGCUCCUCAAAAAGACUUGCUGGAAGCCAAACCAGCAGCCCCUCCUCAGAACAGACCCCCGCCACCCAAAACGAAAGCCUUCCCUUCGCCAGGCUCCAAAGAAAAGGAGGAACCCAAGCCCAAAAUACCUGUGCCACCAAAGCCCCUCAUUAAGACAGAAAAACCAGGGCCUCCGAGAGACAAACUCCCUCCCCUUAUCAAGGAGCCAGCCAAGGAGGAGCUCUUCUUAGCCGUGGCAGACUUUGAAGGAGACGAGCAGACGCCUGGCUUUAAAGAGGGCGCUGUCUUCGAAGUGCUGGAGAAAAGUGGUAGCGGCUGGUGGUUUUGUAAAAAUGUGAGUGACGGGCCAGGGAUGGAGGGCUGGAUUCCUUCCAAUUACCUGACCAAGAAACCUUAGGUACUCUCGGCAUCGCUGCCUAAAGAAAACUUAUUUAAUUAGCAUCUUUAUUUAUGGGUACCUUUUUUUUAAAAAAAAUCGCAUUCCAUCCUUCGCAAGUUCAAACAGGCCAUAAUAAUUUGUUUGCUUGCUUUUUAAUCUUAGUGUGCUUUCAUACGUUAGCACUGUUACUUGCACAUCCUUAUGUUAAUCAAACCUUAUAUGUAUCGCUAAAGGUUUAAGUGACUAGCAAUAUAUCAGCCUCCAUGAUAUUGUGCCUCAGUAUAAUAUGCAAAGCGUUCUGUGCUUUUUGCGUAGUAAAUGCAGAUAAGUAAAGCUUGAUAUCUGAGCAGUGUAUAUCAGCAGAUUGAGUCUAGAUUAGAAUACAAGUAUGCUUCUAUAUAACACAUACUACAAAACCUUACAAUUAGCAAGCUGGAGCUUCAAAUCAAGCCUGGAGAA